AUGUCGUCCGCCAGCGCCGGCGGCAAGCGUUCGAGGUCCUACAUCGUGGCCGGCGAGGCCAGGGGGCACCACCUUCUCACGAUCCACGGCUACUUGCGCACCAAGUUCACCCCCACGGGUGAGUGCAUCAUGUCCCGCCCUUUCAUCAUCGACGGCCAUCGCUGGUGCAUCGAGUACUACCCCAACGGCGUGUGCCGCGAGGUCGCUGAUUGCGUGUCCCUCUCCCUGGUGCUCGACGAAGACGUCGCGGCGGCGGUGAAGGUCCAGCACGGCAUGCGCCUCGUCGGCGAGGCGGACGAGGACCGACCGGCGUUACUAACUUCGGAGGACAGAUUCCCUUCCCGGGGCGUCUCUUCGCACACGAGGUUCAUCAGAAGGGUCGACCUGGAGAGGUCCAAGUAUCUCAGGAACGAUUCCUUCACAAUCCGGUGUGAUAUCGUCCUCGAACACGACAUCCGCGCGGAGGACCACACAGCGGCCUUUGUCUUCACGCCCCCAUGCGACCUGCGCCAGGACCUUGGCGGGCUCCUCGAUUCCGAGAAGGGCGCCGACGUGGUGUUCGAGGUCGGAGGGGAGACAGUCGCCGCUCACCGGUGCAUACUCGCGGCCCGCUCGCCCGUCUUUGCGGCCGAGCUCUUUGGCCCAAUGAAGGAGGGCAACGCUGCAACCGCCGGCGUGGUCGUGCACGUGGAGGACAUGGAGGCGGAGGUGUUCAAGGCACUGCUCCGUUUCGCAUACACCGGCUUGUUGCCGGACACACGCAAGGAAGACCUAGAUGUCACCUGCCAACAUCUAUUAGUCGCGGCAGACAGGUAUGACAUGAAGCGGCUCAAGUUGAUCUGCGAGGAGAAUCUGUGUGAGUACAUAAAUGUGAACUCGGCGGCGAUCAUCUUGGCGCUAGCCGAACAACACCAUUGUGUGAGGUUGAAGAGGGCCUGCUUCCGUUUUCUCGCCGAUCCACGGAAUCUGAGGGCGGUCGUGGCCACCGACGGCUUCCAGCAUCUGAGUAGGAGCUGUCCUUCCCUUAUGGUCGAGCUCAUUGCCACCUUAGCUAUGUGA